AUGCAGUAUACAAACUAUACCAAGCCAACAGAGUUUAUAUUUAUCGGAUUCACAGAUUAUCAGCCAUUCAGGCUCACGCUGUUUUUGGUGUUUUUCAUAGUUUACACAUUAACUUUGGUGGGAAAUGUUGGCUUAAUAAUCCUAGUUAAUAUUGAGUUAAGCCUUCAAACUCCCAUGUAUCACUUUCUUAGCAAUCUGUCUUUCUUAGAUAUCAGCUAUUCUACAGCCAUUGCACCUAAAAUGCUGGUAGACUUCUUAGCCUCCAAGAAGAGCAUCUCAUUCUAUGGAUGUGCUAUACAGAUGUUUUUCUUUGCAUGCUUUGCAGAUGCUGAGUGCCUUAUCCUGGCAGCAAUGGCAUACGACCGCUAUGCAGCUAUUUGCAACCCACUGCUUUACUCUACAUUGAUGUCUCGAAGGGUAUGCUUCAGCCUUGUUGUGUUGGCUUAUUUUAGUGGAAGUGUGACCUCACUGGUACAUGUGUCCCUUGCAUUUAUGCUUCCAUACUGUGGGUCCAAUAUUGUCAACCACUUUUUUUGUGAUAUCCCACCUCUUCUUGCUUUAUCAUGUGCAGAUACUUAUAUUAAUGAGCUUCUGCUCUUUGCUUUAUGUGGCACAAUCCAGACCAGCACUUUCAUGGUCAUUCUUAUUUCCUACUUCUGCAUCCUCAUCACUGUUUUGAGCAUCAAGUCCACAGGAGGCAGGAGCAAAACAUUCUCCACUUGUGCUUCUCAUCUCAUAGCAGUCACCUUGUUCUAUGGAACACUGCUGUUUAUGUACUUGCGUCCCACCACCAGCUAUUCCCCAGACACUGAUAAGGUAGUUGCUCUGUUUUACACUGUUGUAUUUCCUAUGUUGAAUCCAAUAAUUUACAGCUUAAGAAAUAAGGAUGUGAAAAAUGCACUCAAAAAAUUAUUUGAUAGACUGGGGAUCUUCAGAUGAA